AUGGAACAUUUGAACACUCUAAAAGAACACGCUCCUAACGUGGAUCCGAUUAAGUUGGAGAAACUUCUAUCCGCAGCCUACGCUCUGAUAAGUCCAGAAUUACAACAGAUUAGUCUACCAGAUUUCCCAGUGGAUAAUUUAUAUGCUGCCGCACUCAUACUGGAGCGCAACCCAAACAUUCCAGUACACAAAUUAUUAUAUAUGUUAUACCCGUAUAACACUUUCCUUACUCGAGAUCAUAUAAAAAACGUCGAAGCAAUCUUGCAUAAUCUUGACAUUCAGAUAAAUCCUAAGUUAGAUAUUGCUCUACGAAAUGUAAAGUUUGUAGAAAAUCAAGCGUUAGUAGAUAUCGAUAUCAAUGGAAAUGUAUCGCAAUUUAGCGUAGCAUGUGGAGGAAAAAAAAGUAGGAGCGAAAGGAAAGGGUACGUUAGAACAGAAUUUCAAACACAGCUCUUAAAUGAUUUGCUUCUAAGUCAUGCUGUCGGAGAUUUUUGUAUUGUGGGUCCAAAAGGCUGUGGAAAAAGCCUGCUUGUCGAGCAAUUAGCGGGUUUAUUGGGUUACACAAUAGAGCCGAUAGUUCUGUACCAAGAUAUGACGGCAAGGGAUUUGAUACAGCAAAGAACUACGCUAGAAAACGGAGAUACGGUGUGGAGAAAUUCAGCUCUAGUAGAAGCUGCGUUGAAAGGACAUCUGGCGGUUUUAGAUGGACUUCAUAGGAUACAUGCUAGUACAUUGGCCGUUUUACAUCGAUUAGUUCACGACAGAGAAUUACAACUUCAUGAUGGGACGAGAUUGUUACGUCAUGAUAGAUAUGAUGAACUACUUAGUUCAGGUCUCACGGAACAGCAGUUAGAAGACAGCGGCGUAAAGAAAAUACACCCUGCUUUUAGAAUAGUAGCAUUAGCAGAGCCACCGGUUUUGGGAAGAGGACAGCAAUGGCUUUCACCUGAGAUUCUUAGCCUAUUUAUUUUCCAUGAAAUGAGAAACUUGAGUAAAGAUGAAGAAAUAUUUAUUAUAAAUUCUUUGUAUGGAAAUAUAUCUGCUCCAUUGCAUUCGAUUAUAAAUCUUGCUGAUCAAUUGAGAAAAUCUGAGGAUAGUACAUUAAAAAAUCUAUCGUCUUCUCUAUCUACGAGGCAAUUGCUGCGAAUAGCCAGUCGAAUGUCCAAAUAUCCAACGGAUUCCGCGUAUGAAACUGUCCAAAGAACUUUCCUAGCCAAAUUUUUGCCUAGCCUAGCCAGACGAGCACUAGAUGGGGCGAGCCAAAAAAUCGGAAUCGAUGUCCCGAAAAAAAUUGGCAUAUUCAACCGUGAGCCCAAAAAAAUAAAAUGUUCAGUUACAAAUGGUGUCCUAACUAUAGGAGAUACGAGCUCUAAUAUAUUUAAAACAGAUGCUUUAACGAAAGUACCGGAUAUUUUAUUCUAUGAUGUGCCUCAGCAUAUACGACUAUUGGAGUGGUUAUUGCAAGAUUUUCUGUUAGGAAACCAUUUAUUGCUCGUUGGCAACCAAGGAGUCGGAAAGAACAAAAUUGCUGAUAGACUUCUACAACUAUUGAAUCGUCCAAGAGAAUAUAUCCAACUUCACAGAGACACGACGGUUCAGUCAUUAACAGUGCAACCAACGGUUCAAGAUGGCGUCGUUAUAUAUGAAGAUUCGCCUCUAGUUAAAGCCUUUAAAUAUGGCCAUGUCUUGGUUGUGGAUGAGGCGGAUAAAGCACCAACACAUGUGACGUGUAUUUUAAAAACUUUAGUGGAAAAUGGGGAGAUGAUACUGAGCGAUGGUAGAAGAAUAGUCCCUAAACACAUGUUGGAGAGUUCGGGAGGAAAUUUGUCUAGUUUUAUUCCCGUUCAUGAUGACUUUAGAAUGAUUGUGCUAGCGAACAGACCGGGAUUCCCAUUUUUGGGAAAUGAUUUCUUUGCUUCAUUGGGUGACCUAUUCUCUUGUCAUGCGGUAGAUAAUCCAUCUAUAGAAUCUGAAUUAGAACUUCUACGUGCUUACGGACCGGAUGUUCCUGGGGAUGUCAUGAAAAAACUGGUUCAAGCCUUUGCAUUACUAAGAGAUAUGGCCGACCAAGGACAACUUACAUACCCAUAUUCUACUAGAGAACUAGUUAAUAUUGUUAAACAUUUACAGAAAUACCCAAAUGAAGAUCUGGCAACAGCAAUCGGCAAUGUGUUUGACUUCGAUCGCUACAGUAAAGACGUUUCAGACACUUUAUUAGAGGUACUUCACACGAGCGGGCUGCCUACAGAAGGCGUUCUGGUCGGACGUUCUAAGGAGGCCUUACAAAGGUUACAGAUGACCAUUGAUAGGAAAAGCGGUCUAGAUGUUUCAUCACCGAAGCACGGUAAGGAGGACCCUGAGAAUCAACCCCAUGUGGGGGGGAAUAUUUGGGCAGGCGGAACCGGGGGCAGAGACACUGCUGGCUUGGGGGGGAAGGGAGGACCUUACAGACUGGAUAAGGGACACGAUGUACACCAGUUAUCAGACGCCGAAAAAGACGAUAUACCGGAACACGUUAAAAAGGCUGCCAGGGAAAUGAACAGGAAAGCUUUUGAGGAGCGCUUGAAAGAAAUCAAUAUGAGUGAAUACGAUGCUAAGCUGUAUGAACAAUUCCUCAGAGCUGUGCAACCCCAGAUAGGAGCAUUACGAGGAGUGUUAGCUGAACUUCAAGCUAAGAAGAAGGAAAGACAGUGGUCCAGACAUCAGACUAGCGGGGAACUGGAUGAUGGGAAGAUUAUUGAAGGUCUAACAGGUGAAAGAUCAAUAUAUCGUCGUCGUCAAGAAUUGGAGCCACCUCCAGGUACUCCUCCGGACCAACCGAAACGACUCAGACUGGUUGUAGAUGUCUCUGGCAGUAUGUAUAGAUUCAAUUCAUACGACGGUCGUCUAGAACGUUCGAUGGAGGCUGUGGUGCUUCUGACAGAGGCUUUGAAGGGUUACGAGGCGAGGAUCAGAUACGACAUGUUCGGACACUCGGGGGAAGAACAUGCUUUGGAGCUUAUCAGGGUUGAUAGACCACCGGAGAAUGAGAAGCAGAGGCUUCAGAUAAUCCGUACAAUGCACGCGCAUGCUCAAUUCUGUUGGUCUGGUGACAAUACCUUGGCGGGCGCGCACCACGCGAUAAAAACACUCACACAUGAAGACGCCGAUGAAGCUAUAGUUGUUAUACUAUCUGACGCUAAUCUACGAAGAUAUGGCAUAGCCCCGGAACGUUUAGGCUCCAUAUUGACUUCAGAGCCAAAGGUUCAGGCUCACGUGAUAUUCAUCGGCAGUCUCGGUGACGAGGCUAACAUUCUCCUACGUUCCUUGCCCGCUGGUCACGCUCACGUUUGUAUGGAAGUUUCUUCGUUGCCUCACAUCAUGCAGCAGAUAUUCGCUUCUUCACUUAUGCAGAAUUCCUAA